CACUAGCAAUGAAAAACCCUUGAAUUUUGAUGUCGCAGUUAACAAAACCUGAGUCGUAAUUUAUAACAGCGUACCGAAACCAAACGACCGAGUGGGAGAUGAAAAUAUUUGAACAACAGUAAGACUUCAAUUUAUUCAAUGAAAAAUCAAAUAACCAAGAAAGGUCAACUUGUAACUCCCAGUCAACAGUUUCCCUACCUGACCAAUUCUCCUCUUGUUCACACAUUAUUAGUACUAUUUAUUACUACCCACAACAACAUCUUCAACACAAACAACAAUAACAAACAUCUAUCUAACUUUGAUCACAUAACAUGGCUUCUUUACAAGUUUCAUCUCUUCAUUCUGCUUCACAAACAAUCAUCAAAUCCUCUUUCCAUGUCCCAAAACUCUCUAAAAUCAUUUCCAUUUAUCCAAAAACAAGACCAAGCAGAAAGUUAUUUGAGGAAUUAAACGGUCAACUCACACACACAAUACCAAUAAUCAUCCAACAAAAUGAUUUUCACUCAUCCAAUAAAUCCUCUCUUUCUCCAUCAUCUAAAACAAAAACCAUUACUCAACUCUAUGCUAUUCUUGAAUCCGUUUCCGACAGAAUAGAAAUGCAUCAAAACAUCGCCGAACAGCGAGACAACUGGAACACCCUUCUAUUAAACUCCAUCAACAUGAUCACUCUCACUGCCUCCUCCAUGGCAGGUAUCGCAGCCAUAAGCGGCUCCGGAGAGCCCCUUCUAGCCCUCAAAUUAUCUUCAGCCCUUUUGUUCUCCGCUGCAACUGGUAUGUUAGUCAUCAUGAACAAAAUCCAGCCUUCACAACUAGCUGAGGAGCAAAGAAACGCAACAAGAUUGUUCAAACAGCUUAAGUCCCAAAUCGAAACCACAAUCGCAUUAGGCAAUCCAACAGAGAAGUAUAUAAAGGAUGCAAUCAAAAAAGUUAUAGCACUUGACAAAGCUUAUCCACUUCCUUUGUUAGGAGUUAUGAUUGAAAAAUUUCCUCAAAAAUAUGAACCUGCAAAUUGGUGGCCAGCAAAAAACUCACCUAGAAGAAGCAACAAGCAAAAUAACGAAACAAAACAAAAAGGGUGGAAGAAAAAUGGAUGGAAUGAAGGGUUAGAAAGUGAAGUAAAAGAUGUGUUACAAGUUAUGAAGAGAAAAGACAUGGAAGAUUAUGAGAGAUUAGGAAACUUGGUGUUGAAAGUUAACAAAACAUUGGCAAUUGCAGGGCCUUUGCUGACUGGAAUUGCUGCUGUGGGGUCCACUUUUGUUGGCCAAGGUUCAUGGACAUCUAUAGUGCCUGUUAUGGCUGGAGCAUUGGCUACAGCUGUUAAUUCUUUUGAGCAUGGUGGACAAGUUGGGAUGGUUUCUGAGAUGUAUAGAAACUGUGGUGGAUUCUUUCAAAUGAUGGAAAAUUCAAUUCAAGAGAAUAUAUUAGAAGAAGAUGAAGAAGAAAGAGAGAAUGGAGAGUUGUUUGAAAUUAAGUUGGCUUUGAAAUUGGGAAGAAGUUUGUCACAGUUGAGAGAUCUUGGUAGAAAAUCAGCUUACUCUCGUGUUGAGGGAACUACAGUUGAUGAAUUUGCUAGCAAGCUGUUCUAAGUUUCUUUUUUGUUUUUUCUUUUUGAUCUAACUUAACCAUUCUUUGAUUCAAUUAUGAUGAUUUCUUAAAGAUACAUCGCUGUUCUUUUUUAAUUUUAUAGAGAAAUUAAUUUGUUUUGACUAAUUAAAAUCGGGAAUUUAUUGAUCAGUUGACUAUUCCUGGUCAAAUUAUUACAAUGCCCCCAUUGUCAUUAUUUCUUUUAGAAUUAUUAAAAAAAUUAAGGUGUAGGUGUUGAAAAAUGGUGUCAAAAUAGCU